AUGUAUAAUUCGUUACGUAAUAAUUGUGCAUCCACCCCGAAUUUUCUUUCGCCAAGUCUCUUAGGUCAACUUAAAAUUACUCAGAUUUUGAUAUUCUAUUGAUAUGAACGCACCCACAUAUUACGAGUUCUAUAGGAGAAGCACAAUCGGCACCUCACUCACAGAUGCUCUGGAUGCAUUGAUUGGAGAACAAAGAAUUCAGCCUCAGUUAGCAAUGAAGGUUUUAGCCAACUUCGAUAGAGUCACCUCAGACAAUCUACGAGACUCUGUAAAGUCAAAACUCACCUUUAAGGGCCAUCUUCAUACAUAUCGCUUUUGUGAUGAUGUGUGGACCUUUGUGAUAAAAGAUGUGAAUAUCAAAUUCGACGAUAACGAGACGGUGAACGUCGACAAGUUCAAAAUAGUGGCUUGUAACAGCAAAAAGGCUGGAGAAGUCUAA